AGCUGUUGAAUGGGGGCAUAUUGUUAAAUAAUACAUUUGGAUUUGGUCACGUGAGUGAGCCUCUGCAUAAUUCAAGACAUUUUUACAUCACCGAUCUCUCCCGUCAGUACAGAUUCUGGAUGCUUGCAAAUACUGCGCCUAAAAUGGAACUUGAUAAAACCACCGUGAUCCAUUAAUCCGAGGGUAAAAUCGUGUCAGUCAAUUAGCAAAAUGCACAACCAUUGAAGCAUGUGGAUAAAAGCUGAUAUGGAUCUUCUGUAAAACAGAAAGACCAUUUGCUCCCAACUGCUAUUUACAGACACAAGGAGAGUCACGCCACCCUAUUAUUAACUCUGACAUACCUGCUCCCAUAGCUUCUCUUGUAACUCUGAAUUAAAAUGAGCGGGGCUUUCGCCAAGCUGGACCCAAGGCGAGUCCAAUGGGGCUCCACAUGGUACGCCUUUCACUCGCGGAUCCUGCGCACCAAGCCAGUGGAGUCGAUGCUGGAUGGCGAAGGCAACGGCGCACCUCACAGCACCAAACUGGCACGGGUGCUCACCACCAUGGACCUGGUCUCGUUGGGAGUUGGCAGCUGCGUGGGCACUGGGAUGUACGUGGUAUCUGGAUUGGUUGCCAAGGAAAUGGCUGGGCCAGGAGUCAUUGUGUCCUUUAUUAUUGCAGCCGUGGCUUCCAUCCUGUCAGGGGUGUGCUAUGCUGAGUUUGGUGUGCGAGUCCCCAAGACGACAGGAUCGGCCUACACCUACAGCUACGUGACAGUCGGGGAGUUUGUAGCUUUCUUCAUUGGCUGGAACCUCAUCCUGGAGUACCUGAUUGGCACGGCUGCGGGUGCCAGUGCUCUCAGCAGCAUGUUCGACUCCCUGGCCAAUCACACCAUCAGUCACUUCAUGAUAAACCACGUUGGAACUCUGAACGGCUUGGGCAAAGGAGAGGAGUCAUACCCAGACCUCCUGGCCUUGGUCAUCGCUAUCCUGGUGACAGUGGUCGUGGCGCUAGGAGUGAAGAACUCAAUCGGGUUCAACAACGUCCUCAAUGUUAUUAACCUGGUGGUGUGGGUCUUCAUUAUGAUUGCUGGGCUCUUCUUCGUCGACGGCAACAACUGGGACAAUGCAAAUUUUCUUCCUUUCGGAUGGUCUGGGGUUUUACAAGGGGCAGCCACCUGCUUCUAUGCCUUUAUCGGUUUUGAUAUCAUCGCUACCACAGGAGAAGAAGCUAAGAAUCCCAACACUUCCAUUCCGUACGCAAUCACUGCCUCUCUGGUGACCUGCCUCACUGCAUACGUCUCUGUGAGUGUGAUUUUGACCCUGAUGGUUCCCUACAAUGAUAUUGAUGCAGAGUCCCCUCUCAUGGAGAUGUUUGUGGUCCAUGGAUUUCACGCAGCCAAGUAUGUUGUGGCCAUUGGCUCCAUCGCUGGGUUGACUGUGAGUCUCCUGGGCUCCCUCUUCCCCAUGCCCAGGAUCAUUUACGCCAUGGCUGGAGAUGGUUUGCUCUUCAGGUUCCUGGCCCACGUGAGCAGCUACACGGAAACACCGGCUGUGGCCUGUGUCGUGUCCGGGUUCCUGGCCUCCCUGUUGGCCCUGCUGGUCAGCCUCAGGGACCUCAUAGAGAUGAUGUCUAUCGGCACCCUCCUAGCCUACACACUGGUGUCUGUUUGCGUCCUGCUGCUGCGUUACCAGCCAGAGAGCGACAUUGACGGCUUUGUCAAGUUCCUCUCUGAGGAACACACCAAGAAGAAGGAAGGGAUCCUAGCCGAGUGUGAGAAGGAGGCCUGCUCUCCAAUGAGUGAGGGGGAGGAGUACGGUGGGCCACCAAGCAACACUUGUGGGGCCAAAAACCUGCCAUCCCUGGGAGACAACGAAAUGUUGAUUGGCAAGUCUGACAAAACCAACUACAACGUCGAUCAUCCGAACUACGGUACUGUGGAUAUGACAUCAGGGAUAGAGGCUGAUGAAUCAGAGAAUAUAUACCUUAUCAAGCUGAAGAAGCUGAUUGGUCCUCGCUACUACACCUUGAGGAUUCGACUGGGCCUGCCCAGUAAAAUGGAUCGUCCCACCGUUGCCACCGGCAGUACUGUCACCAACUGCGUCCUGCUGCUUUUCAUUCUGAACGUCAUCUUCUGCUCCUUCAUCAUCUUUGGCUCCGACUACAUCUCGGACCACAACUGGUGGGCUAUUCUCUUGGUGGUCCUCAUGGUUCUGCUGAUUUGCGCCCUGGUCUUUGUCAUCCUGCAACAGCCAGAGAAUCCCAAGAAGCUCCCAUACAUGGCGCCAUGUGUCCCCUUUGUGCCAGUCUUCGCCAUGCUGGUUAACAUUUACCUAAUGCUCAAGCUCUCCGGCAUCACCUGGAUCCGUUUUGCAGUCUGGUGCUUCAUUGGCAUACUGAUAUACUUCGGCUACGGGAUAUGGAACAGCACGCUGGAGAUCUGCGCCAGGGAAGAGAUCUUUCAACAGAGUACUUAUCAGCGCUACGAUGGGGACGUGGAUGAUAGCUUCACUGUGGACGAUGGCUUCGGCUAUCCAGAGGAAGGGGGCGGCCAGCACCAGGACUGGGGUGCUCCAGUGGACCGGGGGUACCAUUACCAGCAGCAGCCAGCCAUGCCUGACAGUGUAGACAACAGGACCUCGCACAGCAGUAAACCGAAAAGCAAAGGGAAAUCUAGUCGGAAUUCUCAAGCCCUGAUCGCCAAUGAGGAGCUAGAUUACUCACCGGAGUAAAAAUGUAUUCAAAUAUGUUUAAUGUUAAAGCAACCCUUGGGCUAGAAUGUUUGCUUUUUUUAUUUUGAAAGGUUUUUUUUGUUUUACUUUAUUAUUUUUUUUUUGUUAUAUAUUUAUUUGGAUUUUUACAGACCUCAAGCAGCGUUCUAUAGUUUAAUGGUUCAAAGCUAUUUGGAAAAUCCGGGGUUCAAUUUACCCGCGCAAAAUUCAUACCCAAUAAUCGCAGACAAUGUCGUUGUUAGUUUCAGCUCAAUUUCCAACAAAUUGCUGCAUUGGUUUCCAGCUAGCAUUUGGUUUAAAACAUGAAAGUACUGGAAAGGUUUUUACUUCAAUUUAUGGAUAACUUACAAAAACUACUGAUGUAAUGCAUUGGUUCUCCACAGUGAGAGAUGGGCCCAUACGUAGCAUUAAAAUGUUUGGAGAUUAAUACCUAUACAGCUUUGAAAAUGUAUGGCAUACCUGACUACUGGUAUAGCUGGAAUUAAUGUUAAAGCAGAAGUUGGGUAUCUACCGAAAGCUGUUUCCUCUACUGCGUUUACAUGACAUUUAGCCCAAGGGUGUGUGUGUAAACAAAUAGUAACUGGACUUUGCUUGCAAUAGUGCCUUCAUGAGUCGGUGUUGUGUGCAUUAACUUUUCCCCUAAUUAUCCUCCAGAGAUAGUUUUACUAUCUCUGGAAAAAGGGACAGCUUUAAGGUGUUAUUUUUGGACGGGGUUUUAUCUAUGGAGAUGUACCUCACUGUUCUAAACCCUGUCCUUUGCAAGCAGCCUGAAUUUGUGUGUAUUGACAAUAGUCCGAUGUACAAGUCAAAGGGUGUGUGAAAUUUAAAUGUCACUUGCUUGCAUUUCUCCUCCAAACAAAAAAAAAGAUAAGCAUGAGUGGGAUUUCAAUGGCUGCACUGAAUGUUGUGUCUUAAUGUGCACCCCAUCCAGCCUGUAGAGCCAUCUCCAUUCUUAAUUCCUAGAGGGGCCUGCUAUGUCCCAACUGUGUCCCUUUGUUUGUUCCCUUCCUGAAAUAUGUUGGUGUUGAAAAGCAUGGCAAAGCAAAAAGGGAUGCAGGAGAGGGAAUGGCCUCAAUGUUCUUCCAAGUUUUGUUUUAGGUGUUUUCUCUUACAUUAAACAGCAGGUAAUCAAUUAAAGAGCCUUAUCACUAGUCAGAUACCUCUGGAAAGGAUGUGGAAGUCAUUUUAAUCACUUAAUCCAUGUUAUUAAUGAUACUUGACAACAGUGAGUAAAGUCAAACAUACUUAUUUAUUAAGCUUACAUUAUUCAGUUAUUAGACUCCAUUGAUUAUUGGUUUUAUUGAUUAUUAUCUACUCAUAGAUGGAAUAUACUAGCCAGCUAGUUUAAAAACAGUUACAGAAUAGGUGUGCAUUAUCUGCCUGAACGGGGGGUUAUUCUUUGAGGAACAGACGUGAAGGCUGUCCUCUUGAAUCUCCCAAAUAGCCCAAGAAAUGUAUCGAGGUUUAGUGUAUUUAUAUGCUACAGCUCCAACUCUAGGGUUAGGCCUUUAUGUGUACAGAGCUAAUUAGUUUUGUGUGUUGAGCACUGAUUGGUUAAGGAGUUGUUAUGUUCCCAUCACUACCACCAAUGAAUUUCAAGCGUUUUAUGUUCACUCUGCCACAUAAACUACCUUGCUAGGACCGGUUUUAGCCAGACCACUAGCUUGUUAUUGUGGUCCACACCCUAUGUACGUGAACUUUCAUAAACCGUAUUUCAAACAUACCAUUUGACCCUUCACUUUCAAUAAUAAGUGAGAUUACAUAACUGUUCAUAACUGCUGGCAUCUGUUGUAGUUGCAGGUCUUGUGUUCACACUGCGUUUAAUUCUUUAAAAUUGUUAAAAUUGUUUUGGACUUGCUAUACUACAUUUAUAUCUGGGAAGUUAAGGCCAAGGCAGGGCUCACUCGGCCUCUCAUUGGCAUUAUUUCUGCUUGUAUUGGCAAAACCACUUCAAUUGGGCAUUAUACACCAGUAUUUAUCUGUUCUGUAACAUGGCAACCAGAAGAAGCAUAAAGUACACAUGGCAAGUUAGGGUUCCCUGGAGCUAUUUAGGCCCCUUACAGAAAACAAGCCAGUUUGCUGACGGUUUUGCAUAAUGCACAAAAAGUUGCUGCUGGUUCGAAACACAAACCGUCUGUACAAAAGAAAUGAACACUAUUUCAACUAUUUUUGGCACUGUCUUUUUAGAACUGUUUGUGAUUUUUGUCAAAUGAGAGGUGAUGCUCUAAUGCUAAGUCAUGAACGACUCAGAAUUUGACUUCCACAUUGCAGUGAAUGGUGUUAUUUUUUUUCAUUUAGAGCAGAGACAUUCAUUAUAAUACAACUCUGCGACAGCUUUGGAAUUAUAAUAAAGGUUCAACAUGCUGAACUGAAAUACUGUAUGGUAUCAGUGUGUAAAUUACGAGCCUGCAAAACUAUUUUGUUACAGUACGAAAAAAUGUUGUCACUAUUGCUUUUACAGUCAGCUACUGUGUGUUUCUCUUAUCUCUGAAUGAAAACGUAUCCAGUACAAUUUGUAAACUAUCUUUGAGUCAUUCCAGUUUCUUCGGUCUUUGUUUGAAAAUGUUGAGAUUGGCUUUUCUGCAUAUUAACAUCUCUCUCUCUCUCUCUCUCUCUCUCUCUCUCUCUCUC